GGCGGCGCCCCAGGGCGAGCCUGCCUGGGAGUAACUGCCCUUAAAACUGCCUGGCCUUGGCUUCCGAGAAAGCCAAGCCCGCCUCCUAAGACUGGCUCGCUCAAGGCUUCGCUGCCUGCGCCUUCGAGUAGGACGCGCUUAACGUGCGAGUGCGUAAUUUUCCUCCCAAGUAAGGCGUCCGGAACCGGGACUUGGUCGAGCGCAGCCCCCCCUUCCUCCCCUCGGCGCCUGCCGACGUCAGCCUCUUCGCCCACCCCCGAAAAGCGCCCGUCCCGUUCCUCCGCCUUCAGCCCCACGUGCACCUCCUUCCGACGAGGCUGCGCCGACCCGCUUUGGCCGCUGGCAUUUGCCGAAAAGCCACUCGGGGAGCGCUUCAGGCCGGCGUGGUGGGAGCAGCGUCUCUGUCCUCUGGGCGGCUCCGGCGCAAGCGGGGAGGCUUGCUGAGGCGAGGAGCGCGUGUGAACUCCAGGAGGAGACCCGAAGAGGCGCCCCCGGAGGACUGCAUUCUCAGAAGCUUCCAGGAAGCAGAAUUCUUCUGAAAAGUUAAAGGGCAAAUGGCACCCACAUACCUUGUUUACUACCUGCAACAAGCUAAUAAUGGCUACAUCUAUCCCCUUGAAAUAGACUGAUGUGACUCUGAGGCUUCUCCAUUGUUCAGAGAAGAAUGAACAACAGGAUGAGAGCAUCUAGCAUCUUUUUUUUCCCUUGCAUGUAUUUGUAGCUCUAUGUCCAUGGCCUCUGAAGACCUUGCAGGCCAGUCACCCAAUCUCUACAUUCGACAGAAUUCUACCAGUGCAGUUUCUCUUGAUUUUGAGCCUGAUGCCAACUAUCAAUUUGUGGAGACCUUAGAAGACCGGUAUAAAUGUACUUAUUGCCAUCUAGUCCUUCACAAUCCUCACCAGACAGGAUGUGGGCACAGAUUUUGCCAGCGCUGCAUUGUCUCUCUGAGAGAACAGAAUGUUGUGCCCACUUGUCCCGUGGACAAAGAAAUAAUAAAACUUCAUGAGGUUUUCAAAGACAAUUGUUGUAAAAGAGAAGUUCUCAAUUUGCAAGUAUUCUGCCGAAAUUUUCCAGAUUGCAAUGCAGAAACAUCUCUAGGGCGAUUCCAGGAUCACCUUCAACAAUGCUCAUUUGAAAGUGUGCAAUGUACUAAUGAAGGAUGUUGUGAAAAAAUUCUUCAAAAGAAUUUGAAAGAACAUUUAGAUUUGCAUUGUAACUUUCGAAAGGAACUGUGCCAGUACUGUAAACAGCCUGUUGCUGCAAUGAAUUUAAAGAUCCAUGAGAGAACAGGUUGUCCUGAAUAUCCUUUGAUUUGUCCCCAUGGCUGCAUGCAAGUAAUUCUAAAAAAAGAGGUGGAAGAUCAUGUUUCAGUAUGUCCUGAGGUGGAAAUUGAUUGUCCAUAUAACCAGUACGGCUGUCUGACAAAGAUUAAAAGAGAGAAGCUUUCAGAACAUGAGAAUGCCUACUUGAAAGAACAUAUGCUACAGAUCUUGGAUAGGAACUCAAAACUGGAAGAUCAGAUCUCUGAGCUUUACAAGAACCUAGAGCAUAAAGAGGUGAAGAUCCAGCAGUUAGCAGAGAUGGUUAAAAAAUGUGAGAAAGAAUUCAGGCAGUUCACACUAUAUGGUAAAAACAGCAACCUGCUGCUAGCAGGCACUCAGACUCUAGCAGUUCAUAUUGAUAAAUCUGCCUGCCUGGAAACACAAGUGAGACAGUUGGUACAAAUGGCAAAUCAACAACAGAGUAAAUUUGACCUGAGACCGCUGCUGCAGACCAUUGACAACAUAAAGCAAAAAGUUGCUUUCUUGGAAUCAUAUGAGCAACGUUUAGUUGUUCUGAAAGACUUAUCCAACCAACAUGAUGUCCACCUUGGUAUCCACAGAGCACAACUUAACAAAAAUGAAGAACGAUUUAAGCUGUUGGAAGGGACAAGUUACAAUGGGAAACUCAUUUGGAAAAUAGUGGACUAUAAGAUGAAGAAAAAAGAGGCUGUGGAAGGCCACUGUCUCUCCAUAUUCAGCCAGCCUUUUUAUACCAGUCGCUGUGGGUAUAGACUAUCUGCCAGAGCCUAUCUGAAUGGAGAUGGUUCAGGAAAAGGAACUCAUGUUUCCUUGUACUUUGUGGUAAUGAGAGGCGAGUUUGAUUCACUGCUACCGUGGCCUUUUAAGCAAAAAGUUACACUCAUGCUUCUGGACCAAAGUGGAAAGAAAAACCACAUUGUUGAAACCUUUAAGGCUGACCCUAACAGCAACAGCUUCAAAAGGCCAGAAGGAGAAAUGAAUGUUGCCUCUGGCUGUCCGCGAUUUGUUCCACACACUUUGCUGGAAAGCGGAAAGAGUACCUACAUCAAAGAUGACACACUCUUCCUGAAAGUUGUGGUGGAUUUAACUGAUCUUGAAGAAUUAUGAGAAGACCUUUAAAAAAAAAUAGGAUCAGUGAAGGUCGCACUGCAUUAUUUCAGACAGCAGGAGGGAAAGCUGCUCUUCAGUACCACUGAUCUAUUUUUACACACUUUGAUUGUAUUGUACUGACAACCAUUUUGUACUUUUUCAAACGGAAAGUGGUCAUGUCUCUUAAGGGAAUUUUAUACAGGUAUCAAAAUGUGGUAUUAUACUUUUUUUAAAAAGUUUGGAAGUUCUUAACUGGAUCAUCAUCCCAGAAGUAAAAUUUUCAGGUGAUAUUGAAGCAGCAAUUUCUGGAACCCAAAGACAGAGCCAUUGGUUCUAGUCCAUUUCUUGAAAGCAUUACUACAGAGGUGCUAGUUUCCAAGGACUGUUUUCUGCAUUUCACUAGGUUGGAGAAAACUAAAGAAUGCUGAUGUCACCUUGAUUUAUAAUCAUACUGUGAGAUACUCCUCUUCCUGAUUUAUAGCCAUACUGUGAGAUACUCCUGCCCAACUAUAGCCUAAUCCUGUGUGUAUGCAGUCAGUAGUAGAACUGAAGUUAUUAGGGCUUACUUCCAAGCAAGGUUUUUGGUUUUUUAAUAAGCUUCUGAACAUAAAAAUAUUUGGAAUUGGUCUUUUUAUAAAUCAUGUGAGCUUAGCAUUGUUUUGAAAGGAAAGGCACCUUGCAAGAAAAUCCCUAACCUUAAUUAUCAUCUUAGAACUGCAAAGCUGGAAGGGACCCUAUUCAAGCCUAGCUCCUGUCAAGGAAACAUAAUGGGGACUCAGGCUCCUGACCGGUGGGUGGCUCCCCCGCAGCCAGAUACCUAAACCAAGGGGUUAUCCAGCAGUUCAUAAUUCUAGAGUUCUUAAGUUUGCCAUAGGGUAUUUGGUCAGCAUAUCAAUUUGCAAGUACAAUGGACCCUUUUGUCUCACUGUUGCAACAUGUAAGGAGAGCUCAACACUUGUUGAACUGGUGCUUUUUGUGCCUCGGCUGCUCAUCAGUCUGCAGAUUUGUGGGCCAGUUUUUUCCCUUUUCAUUAAUAUGUUUCCUCAACAUAUCAGAAACAGUGUGGCCAGUUAACACCUUUGAGAUCACAGUUUUAUUUUAUUUAUUUAUUUAUUUAUUUCAUUUAUACCCCGCCUGUCUAGUCAAUUGUGACCACUCUAGGCG